AUGCCGACAGAACAGUGGCAAAGUAAACAUCAAGAAAUUGAUCCAGGACUUGCCCACAAGGUGGAAUUCGAGGCCGUCACAGAGGCCGUCACAGAGACCGUCACAGAGGCCGUCACAGAGACCGUCACAGAGACCGUCACAGAGACCGUCACAGAGACCGUCACAGAGACCGUCACAGAGACCGUCACAGAGACCGUCACAGAGACCGUCACAGAGACCGUCACAGAGACCGUCACAGAGACCGUCACAGAGACCGUCACAGAGACCGUCACAGAGACCGUCACAGAGACCGUCACAGAGACCGUCACAGAGACCGUCACAGAGACCGUCACAGAGACCGUCACAGAGACCGUCACAGAGACCGUCACAGAGACCGUCACAGAGACCGUCACAGAGACCGUCACAGAGACCGUCACAGAGACCGUCACAGAGACCGUCACAGAGACCGUCACAGAGACCGUCACAGAGACCGUCACAGAGACCGUCACAGAGACCGUCACAGAGACCGUCACAGAGACCGUCACAGAGACCGUCACAGAGACCGUCACAGAGACCGUCACAGAGACCGUCACAGAGACCGUCACAGAGACCGUCACAGAGACCGUCACAGAGACCGUCACAGAGACCGUCACAGAGACCGUCACAGAGACCGUCACAGAGACCGUCACAGAGACCGUCACAGAGACCGUCACAGAGACCGUCACAGAGACCGUCACAGAGACCGUCACAGAGACCGUCACAGAGACCGUCACAGAGACCGUCACAGAGACCGUCACAGAGACCGUCACAGAGACCGUCACAGAGACCGUCACAGAGACCGUCACAGAGACCGUCACAGAGACCGUCACAGAGACCGUCACAGAGACCGUCACAGAGACCGUCACAGAGACCGUCACAGAGACCGUCACAGAGACCGUCACAGAGACCGUCACAGAGACCGUCACAGAGACCGUCACAGAGACCGUCACAGAGACCGUCACAGAGACCGUCACAGAGACCGUCACAGAGACCGUCACAGAGACCGUCACAGAGACCGUCACAGAGACCGUCACAGAGACCGUCACAGAGACCGUCACAGAGACCGUCACAGAGACCGUCACAGAGACCGUCACAGAGACCGUCACAGAGACCGUCACAGAGACCGUCACAGAGACCGUCACAGAGACCGUCACAGAGACCGUCACAGAGACCGUCACAGAGACCGUCACAGAGACCGUCACAGAGACCGUCACAGAGACCGUCACAGAGACCGUCACAGAGACCGUCACAGAGACCGUCACAGAGACCGUCACAGAGACCGUCACAGAGACCGUCACAGAGACCGUCACAGAGACCGUCACAGAGACCGUCACAGAGACCGUCACAGAGACCGUCACAGAGACCGUCACAGAGACCGUCACAGAGACCGUCACAGAGACCGUCACAGAGACCGUCACAGAGACCGUCACAGAGACCGUCACAGAGACCGUCACAGAGACCGUCACAGAGACCGUCACAGAGACCGUCACAGAGACCGUCACAGAGACCGUCACAGAGACCGUCACAGAGACCGUCACAGAGACCGUCACAGAGACCGUCACAGAGACCGUCACAGAGACCGUCACAGAGACCGUCACAGAGACCGUCACAGAGACCGUCACAGAGACCGUCACAGAGACCGUCACAGAGACCGUCACAGAGACCGUCACAGAGACCGUCACAGAGACCGUCACAGAGACCGUCACAGAGACCGUCACAGAGACCGUCACAGAGACCGUCACAGAGACCGUCACAGAGACCGUCACAGAGACCGUCACAGAGACCGUCACAGAGACCGUCACAGAGACCGUCACAGAGACCGUCACAGAGACCGUCACAGAGACCGUCACAGAGACCGUCACAGAGACCGUCACAGAGACCGUCACAGAGACCGUCACAGAGACCGUCACAGAGACCGUCACAGAGACCGUCACAGAGACCGUCACAGAGACCGUCACAGAGACCGUCACAGAGACCGUCACAGAGACCGUCACAGAGACCGUCACAGAGACCGUCACAGAGACCGUCACAGAGACCGUCACAGAGACCGUCACAGAGACCGUCACAGAGACCGUCACAGAGACCGUCACAGAGACCGUCACAGAGACCGUCACAGAGACCGUCACAGAGACCGUCACAGAGACCGUCACAGAGACCGUCACAGAGACCGUCACAGAGACCGUCACAGAGACCGUCACAGAGACCGUCACAGAGACCGUCACAGAGACCGUCACAGAGACCGUCACAGAGACCGUCACAGAGACCGUCACAGAGACCGUCACAGAGACCGUCACAGAGACCGUCACAGAGACCGUCACAGAGACCGUCACAGAGACCGUCACAGAGACCGUCACAGAGACCGUCACAGAGACCGUCACAGAGACCGUCACAGAGACCGUCACAGAGACCGUCACAGAGACCGUCACAGAGACCGUCACAGAGACCGUCACAGAGACCGUCACAGAGACCGUCACAGAGACCGUCACAGAGACCGUCACAGAGACCGUCACAGAGACCGUCACAGAGACCGUCACAGAGACCGUCACAGAGACCGUCACAGAGACCGUCACAGAGACCGUCACAGAGACCGUCACAGAGACCGUCACAGAGACCGUCACAGAGACCGUCACAGAGACCGUCACAGAGACCGUCACAGAGACCGUCACAGAGACCGUCACAGAGACCGUCACAGAGACCGUCACAGAGACCGUCACAGAGACCGUCACAGAGACCGUCACAGAGACCGUCACAGAGACCGUCACAGAGACCGUCACAGAGACCGUCACAGAGACCGUCACAGAGACCGUCACAGAGACCGUCACAGAGACCGUCACAGAGACCGUCACAGAGACCGUCACAGAGACCGUCACAGAGACCGUCACAGAGACCGUCACAGAGACCGUCACAGAGACCGUCACAGAGACCGUCACAGAGACCGUCACAGAGACCGUCACAGAGACCGUCACAGAGACCGUCACAGAGACCGUCACAGAGACCGUCACAGAGACCGUCACAGAGACCGUCACAGAGACCGUCACAGAGACCGUCACAGAGACCGUCACAGAGACCGUCACAGAGACCGUCACAGAGACCGUCACAGAGACCGUCACAGAGACCGUCACAGAGACCGUCACAGAGACCGUCACAGAGACCGUCACAGAGACCGUCACAGAGACCGUCACAGAGACCGUCACAGAGACCGUCACAGAGACCGUCACAGAGACCGUCACAGAGACCGUCACAGAGACCGUCACAGAGACCGUCACAGAGACCGUCACAGAGACCGUCACAGAGACCGUCACAGAGACCGUCACAGAGACCGUCACAGAGACCGUCACAGAGACCGUCACAGAGACCGUCACAGAGACCGUCACAGAGACCGUCACAGAGACCGUCACAGAGACCGUCACAGAGACCGUCACAGAGACCGUCACAGAGACCGUCACAGAGACCGUCACAGAGACCAAAUCGGAGUACAUGAAGCGAAGAGGGAGACCUAUUCUUAUCCAGUCUGCCCUGAAAUAUAAAAAUUUUGGCAAGCACCAACGAAAAGCACCAACGAAAAGCACCAACGAAAAGCACCAACGAAAAGCACCAACGAAAAGCACCAACGAAAAGCACCAACGAAAAGCACCAACGAAAAGCACCAACGAAAAGCACCAACGAAAAGCACCAACGAAAAGCACCAACGAAAAGCACCAACGAAAAGCACCAACGAAAAGCACCAACGAAAAGCACCAACGAAAAGCACCAACGAAAAGCACCAACGAAAAGCACCAACGAAAAGCACCAACGAAAAGCACCAACGAAAAGCACCAACGAAAAGCACCAACGAAAAGCACCAACGAAAAGCACCAACGAAAAGCACCAACGAAAAGCACCAACGAAAAGCACCAACGAAAAGCACCAACGAAAAGCACCAACGAAAAGCACCAACGAAAAGCACCAACGAAAAGCACCAACGAAAAGCACCAACGAAAAGCACCAACGAAAAGCACCAACGAAAAGCACCAACGAAAAGCACCAACGAAAAGCACCAACGAAAAGCACCAACGAAAAGCACCAACGAAAAGCACCAACGAAAAGCACCAACGAAAAGCACCAACGAAAAGCACCAACGAAAAGCACCAACGAAAAGCACCAACGAAAAGCACCAACGAAAAGCACCAACGAAAAGCACCAACGAAAAGCACCAACGAAAAGCACCAACGAAAAGCACCAACGAAAAGCACCAACGAAAAGCACCAACGAAAAGCACCAACGAAAAGCACCAACGAAAAGCACCAACGAAAAGCACCAACGAAAAGCACCAACGAAAAGCACCAACGAAAAGCACCAACGAAAAGCACCAACGAAAAGCACCAACGAAAAGCACCAACGAAAAGCACCAACGAAAAGCACCAACGAAAAGCACCAACGAAAAGCACCAACGAAAAGCACCAACGAAAAGCACCAACGAAAAGCACCAACGAAAAGCACCAACGAAAAGCACCAACGAAAAGCACCAACGAAAAGCACCAACGAAAAGCACCAACGAAAAGCACCAACGAAAAGCACCAACGAAAAGCACCAACGAAAAGCACCAACGAAAAGCACCAACGAAAAGCACCAACGAAAAGCACCAACGAAAAGCACCAACGAAAAGCACCAACGAAAAGCACCAACGAAAAGCACCAACGAAAAGCACCAACGAAAAGCACCAACGAAAAGCACCAACGAAAAGCACCAACGAAAAGCACCAACGAAAAGCACCAACGAAAAGCACCAACGAAAAGCACCAACGAAAAGCACCAACGAAAAGCACCAACGAAAAGCACCAACGAAAAGCACCAACGAAAAGCACCAACGAAAAGCACCAACGAAAAGCACCAACGAAAAGCACCAACGAAAAGCACCAACGAAAAGCACCAACGAAAAGCACCAACGAAAAGCACCAACGAAAAGCACCAACGAAAAGCACCAACGAAAAGCACCAACGAAAAGCACCAACGAAAAGCACCAACGAAAAGCACCAACGAAAAGCACCAACGAAAAGCACCAACGAAAAGCACCAACGAAAAGCACCAACGAAAAGCACCAACGAAAAGCACCAACGAAAAGCACCAACGAAAAGCACCAACGAAAAGCACCAACGAAAAGCACCAACGAAAAGCACCAACGAAAAGCACCAACGAAAAGCACCAACGAAAAGCACCAACGAAAAGCACCAACGAAAAGCACCAACGAAAAGCACCAACGAAAAGCACCAACGAAAAGCACCAACGAAAAGCACCAACGAAAAGCACCAACGAAAAGCACCAACGAAAAGCACCAACGAAAAGCACCAACGAAAAGCACCAACGAAAAGCACCAACGAAAAGCACCAACGAAAAGCACCAACGAAAAGCACCAACGAAAAGCACCAACGAAAAGCACCAACGAAAAGCACCAACGAAAAGCACCAACGAAAAGCACCAACGAAAAGCACCAACGAAAAGCACCAACGAAAAGCACCAACGAAAAGCACCAACGAAAAGCACCAACGAAAAGCACCAACGAAAAGCACCAACGAAAAGCACCAACGAAAAGCACCAACGAAAAGCACCAACGAAAAGCACCAACGAAAAGCACCAACGAAAAGCACCAACGAAAAGCACCAACGAAAAGCACCAACGAAAAGCACCAACGAAAAGCACCAACGAAAAGCACCAACGAAAAGCACCAACGAAAAGCACCAACGAAAAGCACCAACGAAAAGCACCAACGAAAAGCACCAACGAAAAGCACCAACGAAAAGCACCAACGAAAAGCACCAACGAAAAGCACCAACGAAAAGCACCAACGAAAAGCACCAACGAAAAGAUUCAGCAUUACCUGCGUACUCGUUAA